AUGUCAUUAUUUAGGCCAAAAAAUGUUGAAUGCGAAAUUUCUAAUAAAUUCAAGGAAGGCUACAUCACAGAGGAAGACUAUAACAACCAUAUAACAAGAAAAAGAGAAGCUAGAAGCGAAAUGGAAAAAGAUAAAGAAACUGAAAAAUUUGUCUAUACCGUCGAUCCUCAGACUGUGGUACUCUCACCAAAAUCCAACACAUUAGCAGCCUUUACUAUAAGACGAAAUUGUGCGUGCAUAAUUUGUGUUAUUUUGACAUUAAUAAUAAGGAUGGAUAUUGUUAUCUAUGGCACGAGGGAGAAGGGGGGCUUAAUGCAGAAGAAUUUUCAUCUAGCUUUCAUUUUUUCAUUGAAACCCACAUUUUUCCAUUCAGUGAUGAAGAAAAUAGAAAGAUCGUUUUUUGGAGUGAUGACUGCGCAUACCAAAAUCGUAAUAGCUAAUAUUGCUAUUAAUUUGACAAAACAAUAUUAA